GGGCGGCGUUGGGACGGACGUGUCGGGAAGGCCCUGGGACCGCGGAGUCGGGACCUGCUUUGGGGGCAUGAGCGGAGGGGACGACGCCGGAGUCGCGAGUAUUUCAUAGAGAUUGAUGGAAGCAGAAACCAAAACUCUUCCCCUGGAGAACGCGUCCAUCCUUUCAGAGGGCUCCCUACAGGAAGGGCACCGGUUAUGGAUUGGCAAUCUGGACCCCAAAAUCACCGAAUAUCACCUCCUCAAGCUCCUCCAGAAGUUCGGCACAGUGAAGCAAUUUGACUUUCUCUUUCACAAGUCAGGUGCUUUGGAGGGACAACCUCGAGGGUACUGUUUCGUAAACUUUGAAACUAAGCAGGAAGCGGAACAAGCUAUCCAGUGUCUCAAUGGCAAGCUGGCUCUGUCCAAGAAGCUUGUGGUGCGGUGGGCGCAUGCUCAGGUCAAGAGAUACGAUCAUAACAAGAAUGACAAGAUCCUUCCAAUCAGUCUGGAGCCGUCCUCAAGUACUGAGCCCGCUCAGUCCAAUCUAAGCGUCACUGCAAAAAUAAAAGCCAUUGAAGCAAAGCUGAAGAUGAUGGCAGAAAACCCUGAUGCAGCGUAUCCAGCAGCGCCUGUCUACUCCUACUUUAAGCCGCCAGAUAAAAAAAGGACUACUCCUUAUUCCAGAGCCGCUUGGAAGUCUCGAAGAUGAUGGUUAUGAGUUACUGUUGCAGCAAAAGCGAAUUGAUCUUCACACCCAAACCCUCUGCCUUGUACUUUGUAGAUGUGAACGGUACUACCAGCAGCACAAUCACGUGUUAGAGCUUGGCGACAUGACCUUUUUGGAAGUUCUUAUGGGUGUUUCUUCCCUGAAGUGUGUGUGGAGUUGAGCAUCUUCCAGAAUAAAUAGGCUUGUAUCCAAAAUUGUGAUUUGAACACUGGGAUGCUCUAGCUGGCUGGUUUGUUUGGAUUUGUAACUCCAGAAACACUAUACAGUGCCAGAGAGAAAGGCAAACAAAAAAAUGUUAUUAUUUACAUCAGGAAACUAAAUUUAUUAACAUCCGUCUUUUAAAAAAAUAGACCAUUUUUCUGUGCUCAAGUGUCUUUACAACAUAUAAAAAAGAGAGAUGGAGGGAAGUGCAAGAUGAAUCGUGUUUGGAGCUGUUGUUCCAGAAUUUACCAUAGAAAUCCCUCCAAUUGGACUAAAAAAGAGAACGUUCUUGGCAAAUCCAGGCUGGUCCUUUGAGCAAAUGUGGUAAUCUGUUUAAGAAUCAUGCUUAUUGAUUCAAAAUCCCAACUAGGAAAACGUGGUGUGUCUCUCAAACUGUUUGUGUCAAUAAAACUGUAGAAUCAAAAUUAGCAUUUUAUACCACGACAGAAGAUCUAUUUGGAAUCCCAGUUUUCACUUUAUAGUGGUCAUUUUUUAAAAAAAUCUAAAUAAUCUUGCCUUCUAUAAUACCAAAAGUUAUUAAUGUGGGCUUUUAAAACUACUUACUGCAUGAAAUUGUUUUAUAGCAUGAGAAUGUUCUAUUUGGAAUUGUCAUGGCCAAUCUAAAUAGAAAAGCAAAUUUCUUUUGAAAACCUAGAUGUUUGCCACAUCGAUUGCUGUCACACAGACUAUUCUCUAACCAUUGUGUAGGGAUCUGAGUAGAAGCUGAGCUGCGUUGGGCAGUGAGGAGAGGCUCAGAGGGACAGGCGCUGCUCUGGCACCGAGAGUGUGAUGACCUCAUGGCUGAUGUGGGUUUACAAGGACUUUAAGUGACCCUUCAUUCUUAGAAGUACUUCCCCCCAGAUAGAUUUUGCUACUUGGGACAUUCUAAAUGUAACAGUAAAGAGGUAAAACGAGUCAGCAGAUUCGGGAGUUUCUGUGUCAGCACAUUUGGUCACCUUGGUCCGAGGUGCAUGGACUUCCAUUAGGCAGCACUUUGCUGCCCUCCCUGGGCAGUCUCUCCCUUAGCUCAGGGGCCGUCCUUCACCAUCAGACUACCCUCCGCUACCUUUCCUAGUAGAGGAAACUUUCAUCAAAGGAGCUUAAUUUAAGUCUUCCUGUGAGUGUAAGUUUGAGACACUUGAACAAAACCACCGCCUAGUGAGGCUUCAGAAUUUACAGAACCAGGUCAAAGAAAUUCGUACAUCUUUCCCAAGGUAAAUCUUUUUAGAUCUCUUUAGAUAUUCAGUACAUUCUCUUUAGAUCUUAGUGAUGUCUAUAAUAAAAGUAACUCUUCUUCCAUUUGGGGGAUAGUUCAGGGAAGGUGGGAGCAUUAUCUCCCAUUUUUCUGGUGACUUCUUAGAGUAUAGAAUUCACCAUUUUAUCCUUAAGUCCUCAAAGGGUUAUGGUGGAGUAGGGCUUCCUUAAAGCAAAUAGUCUUCUAUUUUUAAUAGGAAUUUAGAAAAUACUUAACUUUGAAUUACAUAGAGUUGUUUCCUUUAGAAACCAGAGCUAUUUAUUUGUAUUUAAAGCAAUGUUUAUUAUUUGUACCAGUUCUUACUCUUCUGUGUGAAUAAAUGCAAGACCGUG